UGUUCCGCGAUUCCGAAAUCUGUCCGAUACUCUCCGAGACUCCGAAAUGCAAUAAUACCGUGGAAACAAGAUGGCAGAAUCGGCAGUCGUUAAUGACGCUGAAAUGACUGAUGCAAGCACAGUUCUCGAGGAAAAAUCAUCAGACAAACAACCAGAAUCGUCCACUAUGGACAUCAGCACGGAUGGCAAUGAAACCGAGAAAAAAGAAACAUUUAUCACAGAGAGUCAAAACCAGGCCCCACAACAAGGAGUUACACCGUCUAUUGAGGCCGCAGUAAAAAAAGAAAAAGAAGAUGCAGAGAAACAAGCACGUAAAGUUGAUGUUCAAUCCCUUCCUACACGAGCAUAUCUUGACCAGACUGUUGUACCUAUAUUGUUGCAAGCACUAUCAACUUUAUCAAAAGAAAGGCCUCCAAAUCCUAUUGAAUACCUUGCAAGUUAUUUAUUAAAGAAUAAAAGUCAGUUUGAUUUGCCAACAGUUGAUACCAACCAAACAUCAAAUACAUAAUGUUGAUUUUGUCAGGUUGUAACAUACAUUUUCAUAAAAGACUACUAAUCAUUUACAGUUGAGCUUUUUUUGUUUUAAAUUCAUGUUUUUGUUCCUAUAUAUUCAUACAAGAGUCACAAGACCUAUCUUGUAAAUAAAAGUUGCAUCACAUCA